AUGGAUUGGGAAAAAGUUAAGAGAGCAUUAAAGUUGGACACUGUUAAAAAAGAUAAUCCAUCUGAUGCAACACCUUUGAAGACCAAAAAGAGAAAUCUAAACUCUUACUCACCAACAACAGGAACACGCCAAAUGAGUCCAUUUUCAUCUCCCACGAGUCAUAAUGUACAAAAUCUCAGAAAUCGCCAAUCAAAUGGAGGUGGAACUGAGCAGAAUGAUUCAGAAAGAUUAUCCAGAAGAGGGCAGCCUCAAACAGAGGAGGAUGCGUUCAUGGAAUUGCAGUCCAAAGUGAAAAGUUCAUUGGUUAGAAUUGUGAAAAUAAGAGCAAAUCUGACAAGUCUACAGGCUUUAGAGGGCAGUAGAGAGCUUGAAAAAAUUAUUGGCGUCUCAGACUUGUCUUGCGUCUUGAGUGCUGAAGUGCAGAAAACCCAAGUGCUAAUGAGUCAAGCAGAAGAACUGCAGCUGUUGAAAAGAAAUCAUGGAAAACUUCCUGCUCGAGAGUAUGUUCAGACUGCCAGUAGCUCCGUGUUCCUGAAGUCGCUCCUCAACCGAGGCAUUAUGUGCAAAAUGCAUUCCACAUCAACCCGAAGUUCUACAUCUGCUUGACUGUACUUAAAAGGAGAGAAGAAAUGACUGUAAACCUAUCUCCCCAGCAAAUACCAGUUUGGGAUUGCUCGUUGCGCUAGGCAGGUGCACAUCUAGAUAAAAUUUCUGGCAUCUAUUUAAACUUAACAAUGUGCACAAGCAGAUAAUCUCAAUGUAAAUAAUACAUCAUGGUUGCUUUAUGCAAGCGUGUGUACAAAAUGCUGAUUUAGGUUUGCUGCUGCAUGGAAAAGAAACUAUUUUUUCUUUAUGUUCUUACGGCAAAUAUAUAAUUAUGCUGCCUUGUGUUUUUUUAAAAAAAAAAACAAAACAACACUAUAACCCUCCCUCCAAGAACUGGGUGCGAAGAAACCAUGUUAAAAGAUGAACUUUGGAUCCCAGGCCUUCAGUGGGAAAUGGUCCCUUCCUGCCAGGGUGGGGGGUGCGCGUGUGUGUGCGCGCAUGCCCGUUUAAUCAAUCCAUCAUCCCCCUAAAAGCUAGCAAAACAUGAUUUAAAUUGAUGCAGCCAGUUUUGCAACAGCCUGCCUAAAAAUUUACAGCUUUUUC